UGCCAGAGCCAGAUGGAGAGGUUUGUACAUCUUGUCAUCUUAGUGUCCUUGUCAGAUGCCUACGCAGCAAAUAAUCAUGCAGUCGUGUAUGGGAUUGAAGGGGAGUCCAUCUCUAUCAACUGCACCUACAAUCCCAAAGAGAAUCAGUGGAGAGAAAAGAGUUGGUGCAGACGCAUCAGCCAGACCGAGUGUCAGCAUGUUGUCACUGCCCGGCGUUUUUGGAUGCCAUUCCUCAAGAGGAGGAAUGGCACCACUUCCAUCGCUGAUGACAUCCUGAACGGGAUCCUCACAGUGACCAUCAGCCCACUAAAGAAGGAGGAUGCCGGACUGUAUCAGUAUAAGACAGACUUCUUGGGGAGCAUGGGCACCCUGUGCAAGGUGAUGCUGAAGGUUCUGCGAGGAACAUGGGAGACUGAGUCACCUGAAGAGCCCAGAGCAGUACAAAGCAUCUCCAGCACCAUAGGAACUGCUGGAAUCAAUCUCCACUUCCUUGCGGCUGGAUUCCUGGGUUUCAAAUGCCUGGUUGUCAUAGUCCUCUUGAUUAUUGCCUGGAGCCAGAAGAACAGAAGGUUGGAGGAUAGCAGCAGAAGAGAAAAUGAGCAUCAGCUCCUCUCGUUAACAGGUAACAUCACUAGUACAGCCUAACAGGAAAAGAUCGUUGUAACUAGAUGUGAUGGAAGGAAGACAAAGAA